AUGGCAGAUCCUCGGUCCGUCGUACCCUACCAUGACCCGUAUGACAGCCCUAUUGACUAUGAACAUCUAAAUUUCAUGAAUGAUGCAAACCCAAGCCUUGCAGGUUUAUCCUCUGACAAUGAACCCACUCCAGCAAUUCCUGAAUCAUUCAGUGGCAGUGCAAACGCCAAUGCAAACAUUUUGGAUCCUAAUAACCCGUAUGAGGAUCCAAUGGCUUGGAAUUUUUAUUAUGAAAAUCUUAGAGUGCAAUCUCAUGAGGCUGGUCCGUCACAUCAGAAUCAGGGACAAAGUUCUUCUGGACCACUUCCUUAUACACCAUUUCCCAACGCGUCAUUUCCUGAUGGACAAACUUCAAAUGCAUCAGGAAGAAGUGAAGAGAUUUUCCUUGAUGAGAGGAAUAUUGCUAUUUGGCCACCUGAACCAGUCCCUUUUCAAUGCACUUGCUGUCAAGUUCUAAGAGAAAUAAUCCACACUGAUGGGAACUAUACUACAAAACUUGAGAUACAUGGGAGAAUGGGUAUCAUCUGUCAUGCUAUUCUUGAGAACCGGGAUUAUGUCAAGGCAAUCCACCCUCAAUAUUAUAUGUUUGAUUUCUGCAAGAAAAGCUUGGAGAAUGUGAAGGAAUUUCUGCAGAAGUAUUGCGACGAUAGAAGGCAGGCGGGCUUCAUUAUGGUCCAAGAUCCACACUCAUUCUUCUAUGAAGCCCUUUGUGUUGGAUACGAGUGGACUGACGAUAUGCAUUUUGAUGAAUUUCACGAUCCAUCCCCAUCAAAUUCAGGUUAG